AUGUUGUUCACAAUAUGGCGUCUAGCUCGCGGUGAUGAUGAAGUCAGUGCAACGGAGUCGGCUCCUUUCGAUCAAACACGCCAAUUCAACCCUUCUCAACAGCCACUGCAUUUCAAUGAUCGCGAUGCAGAUGUGAAAAAGAAAAUCGCGCUUUUCAACCUCCUAGAACCAUUUGGCGAUGAUCAGAUGAAAGAACAAGCCGAUCGGAAUGCUUUUCUACAAGUUCUAUAUGCGAUCAACGCCGGAAGUCUGGCCGGAAAUAUUCGCGAGAUCAAACGAGAAGGACGAUUUGAACAAAAUGGAAGACCUCGUCGUGUAAUUGUGACAUUCACCGAUGAAAAUGUGCAACAAAACGUUGUCGAAUGUGCGCGGCAACUCUCAAAGAUUCGUCAACUGAAACAUCUAACGCUUUAUGCCUACAAAUCACCGAUGGCACAACGAUUCAAACCACUUCCGAAACAACAAACGAAACGUCAAAACAAGAAAGCGCGGCCGACGAGAGCGAAGGGGAAUCGCGGUGCCACUUCUCGGAAGAGUCCCGAUCAAAAGUUCGAGCAAAGAGGCAAGAAAGAAUUACGACCUCAACGUCCACCGCCAUCUGAUUCGCCUCAACUUCCACAAAACAGCCACGCUUGGAGCUUGUACGGGAGUACGACAAAUCCUUCGAAUGGU